AUGGCUCGGCCUUCUCGAUCUAGAGAAGAGAACACUUCUCAUUAUCAAGACGACUUAAAUACGGACCAUGCACCUUCUCCAGAUUAUGAAUAUGAGAGCCUGUCCGAACACAUGCACAGGUCUCCAAAUCAUAAACAGUUUAAGGAGACACAACAGCUCCAAGUCACUCGUCGGCUAAACAAGUUUCACCCUGCGAGGUAUCGCAAUGUCGAGUCCCCGUUGAACGCCCUACAGCCACUCGACCAGGGCGCUCUCGAGCAAAACUCCGUGGCUGGGCCAGUAUCUCGCAUGCAAGAGGAGUCCACUGAAGAGCUUAGUUUGAUUGAGGGGAGUGAGAACCAGCAACUUCAGAAAAAAGAUGACGACUCAGGGCUUAAACUGCGUCUGGACUUGAACCUCGAUGUGGAAGUCGAGCUGAAAGCCAAAAUCUAUGGCGACAUUACGUUAUCGCUGCUGUAA